CCCGUCCCACUUCCAUCCUUCCUCCCGUCAACACAAACAAGCAUCGAUCGGCUUGCAGCUCAGUACCUUUACCACAACAAAUCCACACUUGACUGCUAGUAAUCUUCAAGCAUCGCAGAGUUCAGGCAGACCAGUCAGCGGUAUCGUCUCCUCCAACGCCCGCGAGAAGAACAGAGGUACAGAGAGGGAUCAUGGCGAGUGCGGCCAAGGCGUCGUGGAUGGUGGCGAUGAGCCUGGGCGCCGUGGAGGCGCUCAAGGACCAGGCCGACCUCUGUCGCUGGAACUAUGCGCUCAGGUCCAUCCACCAGGCCGCCAAGGCCAAGGCCAACGUCCGCGGCGGCGUCUCGGAGGGCGCCAAGCAGCUUCCGGCCUCUCCUGCGGCGGUGGCGGAGAAGGCCGAGGAAGGGCUGAGGACGGUCAUGUAUCUCAGCUGCUGGGGUCCCAAUUAGUACUAGUUACCAAGAGGUGUUUUAGCCUCUGGUACAAACCUCUAGCAACAACGACGCCGUGUGACUUGGCUGGUUGAUUCUCUGCCGAUUGUAAAUACGUAUCACGAUGAUGACGACGAAACCUUGCCCCGCUUCGAGUUCA